AUGCGAGAAAUAAUAACGAUUCAAAUUGGACAAGCAGGAGAUUCGAUAGGCGAAAAAUUUUGGGAAUAUAUUUGUAAUGAACAUGGAAUUGAUCCAUCAGGAAUAUUUCAAGGCGAAAAUGAUUUACAACUUGAACGUAUUAAUGUUUAUUUUACUGAAACAAAAAGUGGACGUUAUGUUCCACGAUCGGUUUUUACUGAUCUUGAAGAAAAUUCUCUAAAUAAAAUUCGUAAUUCGACAUAUGGAAAUUUAUUUCAUCCAGAAUUUAUGAUUAAUGGAAAAACGAGUGCUAGUAAUAAUUUUGCUAAAGGAUUUUUUACUGAAGGAGCUGAAAUGUUACCGGAAUUAACAGAAAUAAUUCGUAAAAUUACUGAAGAAUGUGAUUUAGUACAUGGUUUUCAAUUUGUACAUAGUGUGAGUGGCGGUUCAGGCGGUGGAUUAGGCGCCUUAUUAAUUGAUAAUAUUCGUAAAGAAUAUUCAGAUCAAAUAAUAAAAUCUUAUUCAAUAUUUCCAGCUCUAUCAAUGUCACAAAUUGUUAUUGAACCAUAUAAUUCUGUUUUAACAAUGACACAUUUAAUUGAAAAUACUGAUGAAACAUUUUGUUUUGAUAAUGUUGCUUUAUUUAAUAUAUUAAAUAAGAUACUUCGAAUUUCUUUAGGAAGUUUUAAUGAUAUAAAUCAGAUCAUAGCACAAGUUAUGAUUGGUAUAACUGCUUGUUUUCGAUUUCCUGGACAAUUAAAUAUGGAUUUACGUAAAUUAGCUGUUAAUAUGAUACCAUUUCCUUCACUUCAUUUUUUAAUGACAUCUUUUUCACCUUUACAAACAUACCAAUCAGCAUCAUAUCAAAAUAUAAAUGAACAUAUGCUUAUUAAACAGAUGUUCGAUAUAAAUAAUCAAAUGUUAGCAUUUAAUUUACAUCAGGGAAAAUAUUUAACAGCAACAGGAAUAUUCCGAGGUAGAUCAUUAUCAUUGAAAAUCCUUCAUGAUCUUAUGGCUAAAGAAAAGAAUAAUCAACAGUUCAUUGAAUGGAUUCCAAAUAAUUGUAAAAUAGCACAUUGUGAUAUUUCACCAAAAGGUUUAUCACGUUCAGUGACUGGUAUUGCAAAUCAUACAGGAAUAGUAAAACAAUUUGACAAUUUUUUACAACCAUAUUCAAAAUUAAUUCAACGUCGGGCAUUUAUGCAUUGGUAUAUUGGAGAAGGAAUGGAAGAAAUCGAAUUAAUUGAAGCAGAAAAUCAAAUAAAAGAUUUAAUAAAAGAUUAUAAACAAUAUGAAAUAAAUACAUAA